GUUAGUGCGCAGGCGCUGCUCCGCCAUGCUCUUCUCUGCGCGGGUCCUACGGGGACAGGGACGCGGACGCUGACAGGGACCAGGACGGAGACGGGGUUGGGUCAGGUUCGCGGCCCGGGCACACAGAGGAGGAGGGCGCUGCGCGUGCGCCGCCAGCCGGCCGCGUACCUUGGGGCAGAGACAAUGGUGUCCCAUCAGGUGCCCAGAUGGUCCGCAUGGAUCUUCCGGGCCUCUCCAGGUUGGCAGAGGACGGCCUGUGCUCCUGGGGCCUCGGUGGGACAGCAGAGGUGGCCGAGAAUCCCCUGGCAAGUGUCCGGCCCUCUGGCCUUCAGAGGCUGUGCCUCCACAGCCCCCAGAGUCCCCAGGGUGAUGCCCACCUCUGAGCGCUACCCUGUGCAGCGGCUACCCUUUUCUGUGGUGUCUGAGGAGGACCUGGCCGCCUUUGAACGCAUCAUCCCAGGCAGGGUCAUCACAGACCCGGAGGAGCUGGAGGUGGCCAACGUGGACUGGCUGAGGACAGUCCGGGCUGGAGCUGCUCCCUGCCCAACACAUCACUGGGCCCUGCCUUUCUCUGCCUGUCAAGACAGCUGUGGUGUGUGGGUCCCCUUGCUGGGAAGAGCAGGCUGUAGUAAGGUGCUGCUGAGGCCUCGGACCACGGAGGAGGUGUCCCACAUCCUCAGGCACUGUCACCAGAGGAACCUGGCUGUGAACCCGCAAGGAGGGAACACAGGCAUGGUGGGGGGCAGUGUCCCCGUCUUCGACGAGAUCAUCCUGUCUACUGCCCUCAUGAACCAGGUCAUCAGCUUCCAUGAUGUGUCCGGAAUCCUGGUGUGCCAGGCAGGCUGUGUGCUGGAGGAGCUGAACCACUAUGUGCAGGAACGGGGCUUCAUCAUGCCACUGGACUUGGGAGCCAAGGGCAGCUGCCACAUUGGGGGCAAUGUAGCGACCAAUGCGGGCGGUCUGCGGUUCUUGCGGUAUGGCUCACUGCGUGGGACUGUCCUGGGCCUGGAAGUGGUCCUGGCUGAUGGCACUGUCCUGGACUGCCUGACCUCCCUGCGGAAGGACAACACAGGCUAUGACCUGAAGCAGCUGUUUAUCGGGUCUGAGGGCACCCUGGGGGUCAUCACGGCUGUGUCCAUCUCGUGUCCACCCAGGCCCAAGGCUGUGAAUGUGGCCUUCCUCGGCUGCCCGGGCUUUGCUGAGGUCUUGCAGGCCUUCAGCACCUGCAAGGGGACGCUGGGCGAGAUCCUGUCUGCGUUCGAGUUCAUGGAUGCUGAGUGCAUGCAGCUGGUUGGGCAGCACCUCCACCUGGCCAGGCCUGUUCGAGAGAGUCCUUUCUACAUCCUGGUUGAGACUUCGGGCUCCAGCGCAGAACACGAUGCAGAGAAGCUGGAUGGCUUCCUGGAACAGGCACUGGGAUCCGGCCUCGUGACUGACGGCACUGUGGGCACUGACCAGAGCAAAGCCCAGUCGCUGUGGGCCCUGAGGGAGAGGAUCACAGAAGCGCUGAGCCAUGAUGGCUACGUGUUCAAGUACGAUGUCUCCCUCCCCGUGGAGCGGUUCUACGACCUCGUGAGCGACCUGCGUGCCCGCCUCGGCCCACGUGCCAAGCAUGUGGUGGGCUACGGCCACCUGGGGGACGGCAACCUGCACCUGAACGUGACCGCAGAGGCCUUCAGCACAGCGCUGCUGGGUGCCCUGGAGCCCUAUGUGUACACCUGGACGGCCGCACAGCGUGGCAGCGUGAGUGCUGAGCAUGGCCUGGGCCUCAGGAAGAAGGACGUCCUGGGCUACAGCAAGCCGCCCACUGCCGUGCAGCUCAUGUGGCAGCUCAAGGCUCUGCUGGACCCCCGGGGCCUCCUAAACCCCUACAAGACGCUGCCUGCCCACGCCUGACCAGCCUCUGCCAGCUCUGUGGGGCGAGGAUGUGGCUCCUGGCAGGACCUAUGGGCGGCCCUGCUGAUGUGGGCAAGCAGAGCCCCUGCCAUGGCUGCCCUGCUUGGUGCCUCCUGCCGACUUGUCCUGGGUGGCCGGGUGAGCGGCUGCUGCCCACUCUGCUGUGGUGGGUGCUGGAGGCUGUGGGCAGAGCUGAGGUACCCCAGAGGCCCAGCCCCAAGUUGGUGACCACAGUGGCCUGGAGUAGUAGGGUGCUGUCCCCUGGGCGCUAGUGGGACCUGCCUGCCAGACUGAGCAGUGGGUGGGGGGCUGUGGUCAUGUCUGAGCCCUAGUGGCAGGCAUACAUGUCUCCCGUCUUCUAGAAGCCCUGCCCGACAGGAUGAUGGCCAGGCUGGUGGCCUGCUGUGAUUGCCACGAGCUCUUCAGGAGGGGGUGGAUGCGCUGCCGCUCUGCAGCCAUGGGCCUGGUGCACCCAGAUGGCUUGUACCCUGCCAGUGGGCAGGUGGCACAUGCGUUUAUUAAGAAUUUCUAGUAAAGGUGACUGAGCUCUCUCCGCA